AGUACUCCCGGGGCGCGGAUGUCUCCGGCUUGAAGUUAUACCGCGCCACUGAUCGUGUAUUGCUACAAUGCACGGUUCGUCGUAGUGUUGUUGUGUGGGUGCUUUUUUUUUUUUGUUUUUUCUUUUGUGCGUGUGCGUCGUGUGUUUGUGCCCAAAUAGGGGUACGUUGAACGCUGCCCAAGGAUGCCCAAGACCGUUGGCAAGUGGGCCCUGCAUCUGGGACUCGCUGCUGGUCUGCUCCUCGUCGUGGCUCUGCCAACUGCCCUGCAAGCCAAGAACGAAGAGUAUCAUAUGAGCACGAUCUGCAAGAAUCACUUUUUACGCGAUAUCUACCGGAAGAUCGAGGGCGCGGUGCUCAUCUCGCAAAACGAGCGGAACCUCGACUGCGCCAUCACCUUCCAGACGAACAGCAUACUCCAGCGGUUCAUGCUCAAGUUCGAUAAGCUACAGCUGGAUUGCAACGAUCAUCUCUACAUUUACGACGGUGCUCACUCGGUUGGCAGCUUCAAAGCGGACUUGUCCUGCAGAAAUACACAGCAGAGCGUUGGAGCCAUAUACACGCACACCAACUUCGUCACACUGAAAUAUGUAACAGAUGCCUGGGGCACGGAUCAAAAUGGAUUCAAGCUUGUUCUUACGGCCGUCAAAGAUCCCAAACACGCCUGCAAGGAUUUCCAGUGCACUCUCAAGGAAUUCUGCAUUGAUAACGAGCUAGUUUGCGAUGGUGUCAGCCACUGCGAAGACGGCUCCGACGAGUCUACCUCCACCGUCUGCAUCAAUACGGAAGCAUCGACGAUCCUGGGGAUGGAGAGCACCUGGUUCGCGGUGAUGAUGGUGUGUAUGGUGCUGACCGUAUUCGGUAUAGCAGCAGCUGGUGCGGUCUGCUUCCUCAGGCAGCGCGUGACGACGCCACGGCAUCCGCACAACGCGCACAAUGCCCAGGGACACCUGCCCGUCAGCUAUCCAAGCUAUCCAAUGCAACCAAUGUACGGAUCGAACGGUGCAUCAACGGGCAUGCCAAUGGGCAUGACAAAUUUGAAGAUGGGCCCGAUGAUGGGCGGCAUACAGGGGAACGACACUACCCCGGCCGGGAAACUGGCUGCACCCUGCGGGCCUCAGGCACGGGCACAGCGCGGCCCGGGUCCGCCUCUACUGCCAGGCAGAGUGAGGAACCACGGUUCUGACAGUGACAUAUCUUCUGGUCAGAAAGAUGAGUGGUUUGUGUAGAGGCAGACCUGGACCAAAGUCCGCAGGGUGUACGAGAGCGGUGGUGCCCUCACCGUUUUCCAAUUUUGUCGUUUUUUCGUCAACGUAGGCGAGCUCUCGAUUCGUCUCUGAAACACUAGCAAAGCAACAUAAAAAAUAAUAUACAACUAAAUUAAAAACCAUACAAUUAUAAAGUCAAUCGUCGGAUUACAAAAAUAUCACGAACAAAAAAAAUAUCUUGUCGUUUCUCUCGCGGUGUACGUCAGCCGACGCUAACUAAAGUUUAUAAAAGCGGGAGAGAAAAAAAAAAGAGAGGAUGUACAGAGAAACGCACGGAAAAGCACGCACAAUAUUGCACACGUGCCCCAUUCGCCCGUGGCUACUAUGCUUUCCACCAGUGACGCCGUAAUUCGGCUCAGGCAAGCGAACGGCGCACAUACGUGGGCAAACAAAAAACUUUUCCUCUCCUCCCCGUCCUCGACUCCCUCCUUUACUACUCAUAUCAAGCAACCAUCGGAAAAACACGAGCGUCCUAGUUUUUGCACUCGUGAAUCGCGAACACGGAGUAAAAAAAAAAGAAAAAGAAAAAAAAAGUAGAGAAACAAUAUCGAAAGACAGAUUAGCUGGAUAAGCGCAAAGAGAAGGGAGUGGAGGGGGAGGUAUACGUGGUACAUGAACCAAAAUAUUUUUUAACGACCAAUUUUUUUCCCCUUUUUAUAUAGCCGAUUCAGGUAAAAAAAAAAAAUAAAUAAAAAAAAUGAAAAAAAAUAAAACUAAUCCACAAUGAAAAGAACAAAAAAUAAGCAAAGAGGAAAGUGGACACUUUGAGCUGAAGCAUAUCUUCCAAACGGUUUUUUCAUAUCGUUGACAACUGCGAUAUUUACUCUGAAGCCCUCUAACUUUUUAUGGAUCUUCUAUACAUUUUUUCGAAAAGUCUUUUAUCACUAUGUAGUUGAGAAUAAUCGUAUCAAUGGAGCAAAAGCUCCGCAAAAUAUCGAAUUUUGAGAGAAAAAAAAAAAAAAAGAAAAAA